GCCAUCUUACCAGGAAGGGCAGGGCGAGCCAAGACCACGUGCAGAAGGGCGACUACAGUGAGGCGGGAGUGGGUGGGCCCUGCAGGUCACGUGGUGCGGGGUGGGGCCUGGGCGAGUCACGUGGGGACGGUGGGCGCUCAGUGCGGCUGCGCUGGCCGGUAGCUGCAACUGGAGCGGUGGCGUUUGGAGGAGACUCGAAACUGGAUGGCUUCUACAGGGAGCCAGGCCUCUGAUAUAGACGAGAUUUUUGGAUUCUUCAAUGAUGGCGAACCUCCCACCAAAAAGCCCAGGAAGCUGCUUCCAAGCUUAAAAACUAAGAAGCCUCGAGAACUUGUGCUAGUGAUUGGAACAGGCAUUAGUGCUGCAGUUGCGCCUCAAGUUCCAGCCCUCAAAUCCUGGAAGGGGUUAAUUCAGGCCUUACUGGAUGCUGCCAUUGAUUUUGAUCUUUUAGAAGAUGAGGAGAGCAAAAAGUUUCAGAAAUGUCUCCAUGAAGACAAGAACCUGGUCCAUGUUGCCCAUGACCUUAUCCAGAAACUCUCUCCUCGUACCAGUAAUGUUCGAUCCACAUUUUUCAAGGACUGUUUAUAUGAAGUAUUUGAUGACUUGGAGUCAAAGAUGGAAGAUUCUGGAAAACAGCUACUUCAGUCAGUUCUCCACCUGAUGGAAAAUGGAGCCCUCGUAUUAACUACAAAUUUUGAUAAUCUCCUGGAACUGUAUGCAGCAGAUCAGGGGAAACAGCUUGAAUCCCUUGACCUUACUGAUGAGAAAAAGGUCCUAGAGUGGGCUCAGGAGAAGCGUAAGCUGAGCGUGUUACAUAUUCAUGGAGUCUACACCAACCCUAGUGGAAUUGUCCUUCAUCCAGCUGGAUAUCAGAACGUGCUCAGGAACACUGAAGUCAUGAGAGAGAUUCAGAAACUCUAUGAAAACAAGUCAUUUCUUUUCCUGGGCUGUGGCUGGACUGUGGAUGACACCACUUUCCAGGCCCUUUUCUUGGAGGCUGUCAAGCAUAAAUCUGACCUAGAACAUUUCAUGCUGGUCCGGAGAGGAGACGUAGAUGAGUUCAAAAAGCUUCGAGAAAACAUGCUGGACAAGGGGAUUAAAGUCAUCUCCUAUGGAGAUGACUAUGCUGAUCUUCCAGAGUAUUUCAGGCGACUGACAUGUGAGAUCUCCACAAGGGGUAGACCAGCAGGGAUGGUGAGAGAAGGUCAGCUAAAUGGCUCAUCUGCAGCACACAGUGAAAUAAGAGGCUGUAGUACAUGAGCGAGCUAGAGAAAUCACCACUGUUUAGACCAAGCUGUAAGGCCCUACUACGGACAGUGUUUAACAAGUAAACUUACAAGAACUCAACACAACUCCCAGACAGUAACAAUAGCCAGAGGUUGAAGGGCAGGGUAGAAGAGGGGGGAAUGUUCCAGCGUAAUCCUUCAUACCACCUGGUUCUUGAUAUUCUGCUGCCUGUUCAAGUUCAAGAAUAAAAGUGACAGCAGGACCCAAAUGCAGCUCCCAACCCACUCCCCAGGCUGGACAUGCUUGUGUCCACACAGCACACCAAUGUGAUACCUCCACUGACUGGCUGCAGCUCUGCAUGAAGGACUUGGGGUCUAGAUGCCAUGGAAUCACUGUGGCUCUUGUUGCAGUUUUGUACUCUAUACUUGGUUUUUCAAUUAAGCUUAAUGGCUUUUUUAAAACAUGACUUGAAGCUCUAGUUUUCUAGAUCUUUUACAGUGUACAGUAUUUUACAUAACUGAGCUGUAUUAAAAGCUUGUUCAUUUACUUGCCAGGA